GGUCGUUGCGGAGAACAUCCAGUGGCGUGUCAUACCGAUUGACCAAUUAGCGUCCUUCGAAGAACGGAAGAAGCAAUUGAGCGAGCUCCGACGGAGGUUUCUGGGGCCGGGGCCGAGACUCCGUUCGCUUGGGCAGGGCUGGGGAUAGGGAUAAGGCUGACGACUCUGGUCACCACUAAUUAGAAAUUGGGAAUGGGAUUGAAAAGUCAGGGUUGCAUUAGAGAUAAAGAUCCCAGUAUCCUCCUCAUGGCAUGGUGCAGGAAAUUGAAGUGCGUAAACCAGUGUAUUAUGUAUGCACGCUUUCCCGCUUAUACUACUCCAAAGCUACCACCAUGUCGUUACCGAAUCCAUCCUCCGCAAAAUGUUAUCCCUUCUAAUAAGUACCACACAGGAUGCAUCCAGGGGCGAGUCUGCCGUGUAUGCACCCCAGAUAGAUAUUAUAGUAUUCAAACAGACAACUCAGGAAAGGAUGAUGCAAUGGCAAUGACAACACAGAACACUGGAAGAAACCCCGUCCAGCUAACAGAUAGGUUUCUCGCCCCCCCGCCCUUCUUCGUUGAUGCCGAGGGGUUGCCGGUUUUGGUCGAUAUCGCAUUCCUUAUUAUCCAACUCAGCACGCUGCCGCAAACACGUACAAUAUCUAUGGUAUGAAUGACAAGAAGACUCAAGGAAAGCAAAGGGGAAGGG